AUGAAGUUUGAACGACUAGCUUUACCCAUUGGUCACAAUAGAAAGCCCUUUGCGGUAGCGCAGCCGAACUACGGGCGACUUAUCAAUUUUGAAGAGGAGGAAAGACGUGAGAGAGAAACUAGAGAGCAUAACAUGCAUACACCAUUUGUGUACCCCAAAGAGAGAUCUAACCACACUAUUCCAUCUCGCAAUCCGCAAGUUACGCGUUUGGCGCAGUCUAAACACACUCGGGAACCUCUUCAACUAUCACAAAGCCAGUUAAAAGCUUCCACUCAGAAUGUUGGCAGGCCUACCUCUGCAGAUUAUACCCGGUCUGCAUCGGUCAAAACCGAUCGGCUACAUAGUGUAGAUACCAGUUCAAAGACCCGUUCUCAUUCCACGGGGAAAUUCCCAAGCACCAGUCAAGCGAAAUCAUCCUUGGAUCCAACUCCCAGGUCCACUUUUUCGAAGCGACACCAGAGGCAAACCGCAACUUUGAAUCAGUUUGCGGCUUUUCAUAAAGGGUAUAAACCACAACACACCUAUGGGGGAACUACCAUCAUUUCAUACACACCAUCCGCCCUGUCAGAAGCCCGAGAACGCUGUGCCGCAAUGGGGGUUUCGAAGGUCGAUUGGAAGAGUCUGAAGCCCCCUAGACGCGCUGAGUCAAUUCAGCUUUCGCUUUUGCGGCCUGAGGAAGGGACGGUUGUGCAGCCCGCAUUGGCGUGUCCUCCUGCUACAAGGGCUGUUGCUAAUGCAUUUGCCGAGGAAAAAGUUCAGGUCAUCGUCUCCCAGGCUGCACCCUCCAAAUCGAUUGAUACGAUGCCUAGGCCUCCAAUGAAGGUACGCACUCAUCGCUUUGUGAACGACGAGGACAAUACGAAAUCGGAGCCAUGGGGGAAGGAUCCCUCACCGACGCCUCAGGUAGUAAUCUACGCUACUGCACGUUCUGUCUGA